GACUCUCGGGUCUAGCCAGUUGAUCGUCAGACAUUGUUAGGGAAGGUUGUGUCAUAUUUGUUAUUCAUCAGCGUAGUUUUUCCGACAAUUUUUCAUUGAAAACAUGAAUGUUGAAGACUUUCUGCCGCGUGAUAAGGCCACUAAAUUGGUGUUUUUUGUAAAUGGAAAAAAGGUGAUUGAACCGCAGCCAGAUCCUGAAUGGACGUUACUAUGGUAUUUGAGAAAGAAGCUCCAUUUAACCGGCACCAAGUAUGGCUGCGGAGAAGGUGGCUGCGGCGCCUGCACAGUUAUGAUAUCGCAAUACAUCAGAGAUUUGGAUCGAAUCAAACACUUCUCAGUCAAUGCAUGUUUGAUGCCGUUAUGUGCAGUACAUGGAAUGGCGGUUACAACAGUCGAAGGGAUCGGUUCAACCGAGGAUAAGUUACAUCCGGUGCAAGAAAGAAUAGCUAAAGCACACGGUUCACAGUGUGGCUUUUGUACACCUGGAAUUGUGAUGUCAAUGUAUGCGUUACUCAGGACAAAAAAUAUAAUCGAUUAUAACGAUAUAGACGCAGCCUUACAGGGAAAUCUCUGCAGAUGUACCGGAUAUAGACCUAUCAUAGAAGGAUUUAAAACGUUCAUGGAGGAAUGGGAGUAUCAGUAUGAUGUACAAUCUGACGGGAAACAAAAUAAGUCCCCUUGUAUGAUGGGAAAAGACUGCUGCCGCGUUAAUAAUGGAGAAAACAAGGAAAAUGAAUCUAGACUCUUUAACAAAUCAGAGUUUACACCAUAUAGUCCAAGUCAAGAGCCAAUUUUUCCUCCCGAAUUAAAGGUCAAUAGCAACGAAUAUGAUUCGAUUUUAACAUUCUUCAGAACUUCCAACAUGGCAUGGAUUCGACCUGUGACAGUUGAGGAAUUGCUUGUAUUAAAGAAACAGUUCCCGAACAGUAAACUCGUUGCCGGGAACACCGAAGUUGGCGUGGAAGUAAAAUUUAAGAAAAUGGUUUAUCCAAUACUGAUAUCACCGUUAUUAUUAAAAGAAUUGAAUUUCAUACGACUUACAGAAGAAGGCAUAGAAAUUGGUGCUGCUACAACAUUAACUGAAGUUAUGUCAUUUAUGACAGAUUUUAUCACGAAAGAUAAAGAGAGGGGGAAAACUUUUGACGCCAUUAAAGAUAUGUUGCACUGGUUUGCUGGGACUCAAAUUCGCAAUACGGCAUCUUUGGUAGGAAAUAUUAUUACAGCGAGUCCCAUUUCGGAUUUGAAUCCUAUACUGUUGGCAUCGUCAGCAUCACUUAUUGUAAAAAGUCUAGAUCGAGGUGAGAGAAAAGUUUUAAUUGACAGCAGUUUCUUUAAAGGAUAUAGAAAAGUAGAUCUUAGUGAUGAUGAGGUUGUGUUAUCUGUACAAAUACCUUUCACAAACAAAGAUCAAUGUAUAAAAGCAUAUAAACAAGCAAAACGAAGAGAAGACGAUAUUUCUAUUGUUACGACAGCUUUUUAUAUUGAAUUUGAAAAGGAUAACUUAAACAUAGUAGAUGCAAAGUUAUGCUUUGGGGGUAUGGCUCCUACCACAGUAUGUGCUAUAAAAACGUCUAACUUAAUGAAACAUAAAAGUUGGGACGAAGAUCUCCUAACAUCCGUUUUCGAUUCUUUAACUGAAGAAUUUCAGUUAGACAGCUCAGUUCCGGGAGGAAUGGCUGAAUACAGAAAAUCGCUCUGCCUUAGUCUUUUUUUCAGAUUCUACUUACAUGUAUUAGAAACAAGAAGUAUUAAUGGUACAAGGCCAAGUAAUUAUAAUUUGUCUGGAAGUAAUCAAAUUGCUGCUCUUCAUCCUAAAAGUUCACAAUGUUUUGAGAUAAAAAAUAAUUCUCGAAAUGUGUAUGAUGCCGUUGGAAAACCGAUUGUUCAUAUGUCCGCUCUCAAACAAGCUACUGGAGAAGCAAUAUACUGUGAUGAUCUUCCACCGAUGGAAGAAGAGCUUUACUUAGUUUUGGUGUUUAGUAAAGAAUCUCACGCUAAAAUUAAAUCUAUAGAUGCAAGUCAGGCUUUGUCAAUGCCAGGUGUGGUUGCUUUUUUUUCGGCAUCAGAUAUAACAAAGGGUCAUAAUAAAAUGGGUGCAGUAGUAAAAGAUGAAGAAGUUUUUGCUGAAGAUAUUGUUACAAGUCGAUCUUGUGUCAUAGGAGCUGUUGUAGCUAAAACUGAGCAAAUAGCGAGAAAAGCAAAAGAGCUAGUAUCAAUAACGUAUGAAAAGCUAGAGCCAGUUAUAGUAACUAUAGAAGAUGCUAUAGCUCAUGGAUCCUACUUCCCUGACACAUAUAGAGAACUUGUCCAUGGCGAUGUAAGUGAAUCUUUCAAACAAUCGGAACAAAUAAAAGAUGGCUAUGUAAGACUCGGUGCACAAGAACAUUUCUAUUUAGAAACUGUAUCGGCGUUUGCCGUGAGGAAAGAAGAUGAACUAGAAAUUAUCUGCAGUUCACAAAAUCCUGCCGAAGUUGCGCUCACAGUUUCAGAGGUUUUAAAUGUACCACAUCACAAAGUUUGCGCCAAAGCUAAACGCCUGGGUGGUGGUUUUGGCGGUAAAGAAACAAGACCUAUGAUACUUAUAGGACCAGUGGCGGUAGCCGCUUAUCGUUUGAAAAAACCGGUUAGAGGUGUCUUAGAUCGAGAUGAGGAUAUGCAAGGAUCAGGAUAUAGGCAUCCAUGCUUGAUAAAAUAUAAAGUAGGAUUUGACAACAGCGGAAAAAUCAAGGGUGCUCUGUUUGAUGUUUAUGCCAAUGGAGGAAAUUAUUCUGAUAUAUCUAGCUCGAUGUUGGAGAGGCUUAUGACGCAUCUUGAUAACUGUUGUAAUAUACCCAAUGUCCAGAUAAACCUUAACUUGUGUAAGACAAAUACUCCCUCCAAUACAGCGUUUAGAGGUUUCGGCGCACCUCAGGCCAUGUUUGCUACAGAAAAUAUGCUAAGAGAUAUAGCAACAGCAUUAAACAAAGAUUAUGAAGAUAUUUUCAAUGUAAAUAUGUACCGCGAAGGAGAUUUUACUUUCUACGAUCAAGAACUAAUACAUUGCACCGUAUCUAGAUGUUGGUCCGAGUGUAUUGAAUCCUCAAAUUAUUGGCAGAGAAAGAAAGAAGUUGAAGAGUUUAAUAGAUCGAAUCGUUGGAAAAAGAAGGGAAUCACCGUUCUACCAACAAAAUAUGGAAUAUCGUUUCAAAUUGAUGUAUUAAUGCAGGGAGGUGCAUUAAUAUUGGUAUACACAGACGGUUCAGUGCUGUUAUCCAUCGGAGGCGUGGAAAUGGGACAAGGACUCUUCACUAAAAUGAUACAGGUAGCAUCGCGCGUCUUAGAAAUCGAUGUCUCCAGAAUUCACAUCAGCGAAAUGUCAACAGACAAAGUCCCAAACAGUUCUCCAACAGCGGCUAGUGUCAGUUCAGAUUUAUAUGGAAUGGCCGUAUUAAAUGCGUGCACAACUAUCAAACAACGUUUGGAACCAAUCAAAGCGAAGAAUCCAGAAGGUAAAUGGGAAGAUUGGGUCAGUACUGCGUAUGUUGAGCGAGUCAGUUUGUCUGCUACUGGCUUCUAUGCCUCUCCGAAAAUAGAAUUUGACCGAGACACAAAUUCUGGUCGCCUAUUUGAGUAUUUCACAUUUGGAGUCGCUUGUUCCGAGGUUAUCAUCGACUGCUUGACUGGAGAUCACCAGGUGCUGCGUACUGAUAUCGUCAUGGACCUUGGGGAGAGUCUUAACCCAGCGAUAGAUAUAGGUCAAAUUGAAGGAGGCUUCAUGCAAGGAUAUGGUCUAUUCACAAUGGAAGAAAUGUUAUAUUCACCAACAGGUGAAAUCCUGUCACGUGGCCCUGGGGCAUACAAAAUCCCGGGUUUCUCUGAUAUACCAAAAGAGUUUAACGUGUCGUUACUGAAGGGCGCUCCAAAUCCACGUGCUGUGUACUCAUCAAAGGCAGUAGGUGAGCCACCAUUGUUCCUGGCUGCCUCCGUUUUCUUCGCGAUAAAGGAGGCUAUCAAAUCAGCACGUUUAGAUGCAGGUGUCGAUGCAGAUUUCGUAUUGGAAGCGCCGGCUACCUGCGCCCGAAUCAGAAUGGCGUGUGAAGACCACAUCACCCAACAGGUUAAACCAACUGUAAAAAAUGUCGGACGACCGUGGAAUGUAAAUCCGUAGAAGUUCGAAAAUGGCGAUGACAAUUUACAAUGAAAAUCAGUUGCGUUUUGGUAAUAUUAUACUUUCUACGAUUUAUUAGUUUUUUAGUUACCGAUAAAAAAUAAAAUAAAUGUAUAAUAUAUUGUUUUAUAUUAAAUAUUUUUAUAACAUAGGCCUUUUAAGAUAAUUUUGAUAGUCAAAACUUAUUAAAUAACUUCAAAUUGAUAUGUUCGUUCUUGUACCAUUAUGUUUUAUAUAUAAAGGUUAUUUUUUUAUAUCAUUUGUUAUUC